ACAGCAGCAGCCAAUGAGGGAUCUGCCUCUGCUUCCUCCACAGGCUGUCUCUGGAGUAGGGAGGGCGUGAACUAUCUUAGUCAUGUAAACGAUCUUUGGUUCCUCAAAUAAAGUUCCAGCAGAAAGUGUCGGAGAGGAGAAAGCUCUGUACUCAGAAGCAACGAUGGCGUUAGAGCUCUACCUGGACAUGUUCUCUCAGCCCUGCCGCUCCGUUUAUAUCUUUGCCAAGAAGAACAACAUUCCCUUUGAAUUCAAGUCAGUUUCACUGAUGGAAGGUGAGUUUUGAUUCCCAAAAUUCUGGGCGUGGAUGUCCCGCAGGACAAGCUGGACGGUGCCCUGGAGGAUCUGAAUGGCUCACUGAAACUCAUGGAAGAAAAGUUCAUCCAGGACAAGCCCUUCAUUGCAGGAGAUCAGAUCUCUCUGGCCGACCUGGUCGCCAUUGUGGAAAUCAUGCAGCCUGUGGGCUCCGGCCUGGACGUAUUCGAGGGGAGGCCCAAGCUGAGCGCCUGGCGGGACAGGGUCCAGGCCGCCAUCGGGAAGGAACUGUUUGAUGACGCCCACCAGAUCAUCCUGGGAGCCAGGGAGAGUGUGAAGCUAAUGGACGACAGCAAGCUUCAGCUCUUCAAGCCCAAGAUUCUCAAGUUAUUCUUGUGAAGAGGAGAACGCCGGUUCUGUUCAAACUAGCUUAGCAAAGUUUCCUUCUCAUUACAUUAUGUGUCACUGUUAGACGCGAUUAUAUGGGACAUGCAUUCCCAGCUUAUUGUACGAAGAACCCCUCUGUUGGAAAGUAAAAAGCACUAGGAGGUUUAGUAUGAUAGCAUGUUAUGUGCAGGAUAGUGGGCCAAGGAGGCAGUCCUGGACUCAUUGUGUACCAUAGAGGAAUGUGAAAUGUGAGAUAACUGCUCCUCUGAGAGCGGAGAUAUUUCCUGAAUGCUUCACUGUGGACGUAGUUAGUUCAUCAGCUGUGCUCUAUCAGCCUUAAUAAACAGUGUUUGUGUUUUUUAACCCAA